UCAAUGACUUGACAUGUUCUGGUUGUGAAUUCAGGCUACAAGGGGUCAGUGCUCUAAAAUGAGUCUCUCUGGGGAGAGAGAGGAGGGGGGCCCUGUCUCUAAAAUGCAUCUCUCUGGGGGACAUGACACCAAAGCUAAGAGACCAAUCCAGCAGGAGAGACCAGCCUCCCCUGUUCCCAGCUGUGUGUCCAUGAAGAGUAACCGGUCUAUGGAACCUCCUCUAUACUUUAGAGAGGGAGACUUUUCUACUGAACAAAGAAACCAACAGGAGAGAUCAGAGUCAGAGAUUCUCAGUCGUCAGUCUUCCCAGAGUCAUCAAACAGACCUGGCCUCCAUAUUCAGUUUGCUUGAAGAGAAAAUUAUGACAUUUGUGAAGAACGAGAUGAAGAUGUUCAAGAGGAUUCUUAGUCCAGAACUCCCACAAGGCUUUGAGAGUCAGAAGCAGGAUAAGGAAGUGGUGGACCCUAAAGAUGAGCAGCAGGAGAGCAGUGCCAGAGAGGGGGCUCUGAAGAUCACACUGCACGUCCUGAGGAAAAUGAACCAGAAGGAGCUUGCUGACACACUGGAGAAAUAUUCAGAUGAGCUCGCUGUGAUUUGCCAACGUGAACUCAAAUCUAAUCUAAAGAAGAAGUUUCAAUGUGUAUUUGAGGGGAUCGCUCAACAAGGAAACCCAACACUUCUCAAUAAGAUCUACACAGAGCUCUACAUCACAGAGGGUGGAACAGGAGAGGUCAAUAAUGAACAUGAGCUGAGACAGAUUGAGACAACAACCAGGAAACAAGCAAGACCAGAGACUGCAAUCAAAUGUAACGACAUCUUCAAACCCUUAACUGGACAAGACAAACUUAUCAGAACUGUGCUGACAAAGGGAGUCGCUGGCAUUGGAAAAACAGUCUCUGUGCAGAAGUUCAUUCUGGACUGGGCUGAAGGAAAAGCAAAUCAGGAUGUCCAAUUUGUAUUUUCAUUCCCUUUUAGGGAGCUGAAUUUGAUGAAAGAGGACAAACACACUUUCAUUGAACUUCUCAAUCACUUCUCAAUGGAAACCAAACAAUCAGGAAUCUCCAUCUACAACAAGUACAAAGUUCUGUUCAUCUUUGAUGGUCUGGAUGAGUGCCGACUGCCCCUAGACUUCCAGAAGAACAAGAUCUGUUGGGACGUCACAGAGUCAACCUCAGUGGAUGUUCUGCUGACAAAUCUCAUCAAGGGAAAUCUGCUUCCCUCUGCUCUCAUUUGGAUAACUACCCGACCUGCAGCAGCCAAUAAGAUCCCUUCAUGGUGUGUUGACCAGGUAACAGAGGUACGAGGGUUCAAUGACCCACAGAAGGAGGAGUACUUCAGGAAGAGAUUCAGGGAUGAGGACAUGGCCAGCAGAAUCAUCUCACACAUAAAGACAUCAAGGAGCCUUCACAUCAUGUGCCACAUUCCAGUCUUCUGUUGGAUUUCUGCAACAGUCCUUGAACACAUGCUGAAACACAAGAGAGAAGAGAUGCCCAAGACUCUGACUGAGAUGUACACACACCUUGUGGUGUUUCAUACCAAACAGAAGAAUGAAAAGUAUCUUGGGAAAGAAGAGACAGGUCCACACUGGAAUAAAGAGAGCAUUCUGUCACUGGGAAAACUGGCUUUUCAACAGCUUGUGAAGGGCAAUCUGAUUUUCUAUGAAGAAGACCUGAAGGAGGCUGGCGUUGAUGUCAAUGAAGCCUCAGUGUACUCAGGAUUGUGCACACAGCUCUUUAAAGAGGAAUGUGGGCUGUACCAGGACAAGGUGUACUGCUUUGUUCAUCUGAGCAUUCAGGAGUUUCUGGCUGCUGUAUAUGUGUUUCUUUCACUCAUCAACAACAAAGAGAAUGUAAUAGACAAACUGCAAACAAAGUCCAGUAUAUUUUCUCUGCUGUUCAAUGACAAUCCUGAAUUUACUGUCUACAGGAGUGCUGUGGAUAAAGCCUUACAAAGUGAGACAGGAAACCUGGACCUUUUCCUCCGCUUCCUUCUGGGCCUCUCACUGGAGUCCAAUCAGAAGCACUUACUAAGUCUACUGACAAAGACAAGAAGCAACUCACAGGGUCAUGAAGAAACAGUCAAGUACAUCAAGAAGAAGAUCAGGGAGGAUCUCUCUCCAGAGAGGUGCAUUAAUCUGUUCCACUGUCUGAAUGAGCUGAAUGACCAUUCUCUAGUGGAGGAGAUCCAAAGCUACCUGAGCUCAGGAAGUCUCUCAGAAGCCAAACUGUCACCUUCACAGUGGUCAGCUCUGGUCUUUGUGUUGCUGACUUCAGAAAAGGAGCUGGAUGUGUUUGACCUGAAGAAAUACUCCAGAUCAGAGGAAGGUCUUCUGAGGCUGCUGCCAGUGGUCAAAGCCUCCAGAGUUGUUCUGCUGUCAGGCUGUGGAGUCACAGAGGAAGGCUGUGCUUCUCUGGUCUCAGCUCUGGAGUCAAACCCCUCACACCUGAGAGAGCUGGAUCUGAGUAACAAUGACCUGAAGGAUUUAGGAGUGGAGCUGCUCUCUGAUGGACUGGGGAAUCCCCACUGUAAACUGGAGACUCUGAGGCUGUCAGGCUGUCUAGUCACAGAGGAAGGCUGUGCUUCUCUGGUCUCAGCUCUGAGGUCAAACCCUUCACACCUGAGAGAGCUGGAUAUAAGUACCAAUGACCUGAAGGAUUCAGGAGUGGAUCUGCUCUCUGCUGGAUUGGAGGAUCCACACAGCAGACUGGAGAAACUCAAGUAUGUCGAGGGUUUAUGUCAGUGUUCAUAUCAGACAUGUUUGACUUAUCAGGAUAGUUAAGACAAACAUUCUUAC